CGUGCUACGGUGACGAUCGCGUGACGUACUUCCGGCCUGUUCCCGGCGGUGGCGGGAGAUUCCAGCAUGGCGGUGCAGCCGAAGCAUAACUUGUCCAUGGACAGUGCGGCCGAACAUGGCUUCCUCAACUUCGUCUUCUCCAUGCCGGAGAAACCGGACACCACGUUCAGGAUAUUCGACCGCAACGACUACUACACCGUGCACGGGAAAGACGCCAUAUUCGCGGCGAAGGAGGUUUUCAAGACUAACGGGGUCAUCAAGUAUCUGGGCUCAGGGAGUCGGAAGCUGGAGAGCGUUGUCCUGAGCAAGCUGAACUUCGAGGCCUUCGCGAAAGACUUGCUGCUGGUGCGGCAGUACAGAGUGGAGGUGUACAGGAACUACAGCAAGAGCAGCAAGGAACACGACUGGAAGAUUGAGUACAAGGCCUCUCCCGGAAACUUGACUCAGUUCGAGGAGAUUCUGUUCGGUGGUGGAACCGGAGCAGUGGGCUGUGCAGGAGUUGUAGCUGUGCGUAUCUCCACAGGAGCUGAUGGACAGCGUGUGGUGGGUGUCGGCUAUGUGGAUGCAGCACAGAGGACGAUGGGAGUGUGCGAAUUUGCAGACAACGAGAUCUUCUCCAACCUGGAGUCCCUGCUCGUCCAGCUCAGCCCCAAAGAGUGUCUCCUAGCUCAGGGUGACAGCAAUGCUGACAGCAGUAAACUACGACAGGUAUGAUGAAGUCAGUUGAGCU